GGUUUACAGUAUAGUAUUUUAGUUUAUAUUAGAAUUUUUUUGUUAUUUUGAAUAUAUGCAUAAUAUUUGAAUGAUUUAUUUUGAAUAUUGAUACAUAGGUUUUUAAAAAAUAAUUAGAUGUCAUUUUGUUUGUUAAUCUAUAACCUUUUAUUUCUUUUCGUUCUGAAUGAUUUUGAAUUACAGAAAAAACAUAGAUAAGUUGUUAAUUAGUAUAAAAAUCUUAGUGCAUUUUUAGUAUGUUUACUUAGUCCACGUUUAGAAUAAAUAUUUAUUCUAUGUGAUUUGAUUCAAUAUUCGAAAUGAAUAAAUAUUAAAUAACCGCUCUUGUAUUUGGUAAAAUAUCAUACUAACCUAUUAUUGUGGGGUAAAAUAUAAUUAAUUUGGUCGAUUUUAUUGUUAGCUUAAAUGUAGUUAAAUCCCAAAAAUUAAAAGAAUAUUCUGCUAUUAAUGAAUGUCUUAUUCUCUGUUAAUAUUAUUGAUACUAUAUAAAAGAAGACAUGUUAAAUUUCUAACAAAUAAGUCCAACAACCUUUUAUAAGUAGAUUUUUCAAGACUGAUUCCCUUUUAAUAGAAUAGAUAUUUUGUAUAGGAAGAUACAUUUUUACACAGAAUUAUUUAUCCACCUUUUAAAAAUGUGUCUACGUACUUUAAAAUGUUUUUUCGGCAUAUGUAGCUUUUCUAUAGGAUUAUUUGUUUGAAUUUUGCUUAAAAAAAACAAAUGCAAAUAAAUGAAAGGGAAAAAACUUCUCUUGCUUAAAAAAGACCUAACGGAACUUUGAUACGAUCUCUACUUCUCCUGUACAAACUCAUCAGUGUACAGCUCUGACAAGAGGUCUUAUCAACCAAGAUAUUUGACAAAAAGGGACAAGAUAUUAUCUUCAUAAUCUCGGAAGUGAACUGCGUGAUAAUUAAGUUAUAUUUAAUCCUCUAUGUGUUUCAAACAACCAUCGAUAGAUUCUAUACUAGCCUUGGCUGAUUUCUUGCAUCAUACCGUUCAUUGACAAACACAUCAAAAACCCACCAAUCUCAAUCCGAGCCUUAGAGAGUUAGAGGACACCAAAUAUGAGGAAAGCUUUGAGCCCUGGCUUGCAAGUGAGUCGAACUGAUUAGUUUAAUUCUUUAAGUUCUUCUUCUUUGAUCCGACUAUUAGUACCUACAAAAUCUCAAACUUGAAGUAGCAUUUGAUGUAAUUUUUUUUGGAACAAUUUUACAUUUGUUUCUUUAUUUUAAAGGAAAAAAGUAAAGAGAUAAAAAGAAAGAGGAGAAGAUAUAGACGUUAGAUGUUAUUGAUAUUUUUCUUAAUGUCUGAGCAAUGGUAGAGUCAGUAUUAAUACAGAUUACACAUAGAAUACUUAUAUUCCACAUACCUGUUGAUUAUAAAUUAAUUGAUACAGCUACGUAGUUCAUGUCUGGAUGAAAUCACCUACCAGUUGAUGUAUAAAUUGACUGUCUGCGCUAACUAAUUUUUUGGUUAAUUCACAAAUCAUAAUAAAGUUAAAGCUAUAACUUAUACGGCUAUACAUCGUUAAAUUGACUAGUGACCGAACACUGAUAGUACUCUACACGACAAUGCAAACGAAACCGGUUAAGAAAAGUAACAUCCACUUUACUGAUCAAAGUUAUAAAUAUUGAAAGCAUUAGCUAAGUCGUAUAUAUAUACCAGUAUGUGUUACUAUCAAUUACAAUUUCAAUUUUAGUUUUGUAACACUAGAUCUACAAACACUUCAUUUUAAUGGCUGACAAUAUUGUUUUAGUGUUUGACAAGUAAAGAAGUAAAAUUAAAAGUACGUACCAAUUAAUCACGUCUCUAAUAAAGUUAUAGCUAUACUUACUUCUACGGCUUGCUUUACAUGGAUCGUCACACUGACUCGUGAGCAAUGUCGUCUCCAAGUUACCACACCAACAGCUUAUGCAAAUAUCUCGUAAUCCUAGGCGCUGUCGCAGUCUCCUCCAUCUUCGUCUUCUUCAACCAAACCUACACAAUUUCAGAAUCUUUCUACGGUAACAUAUUCACCAUAAAAUGUCAAAAGAGGCUCUUGCAGCCUAAGGAGACUGCCACGAACUUGAGCCAUUUGAUGUUUGUGGUGGUGGGGAGCCCACGUACAUGGAAGAAGCGAAGAAAUUACGUAGAAUCAUGGUGGAGACCAAACGUCACACGUGGCAAUAUCUUCUUUGACGUGGAACCGUCUAAAGAGUUACUGCCUUGGUCUCCGACCUUCCCGCCGUUUAGAGUCAGUGAAAACGUCAAGAAACUAAGAUUUUACCCGAAGCUCCGAAAACCAAGUCACACUCGGUUCUAUAGAGCCAUUCUAGAGACUUACAGGCUCAUGGACGAGGGUGUGAGAUGGUAUGUGACGGGUGAUGAUGAUUCUCUUUUCUUCGUAGACAACUUAGUGGAUGUGUUGUCAAAAUACGACCACACGAGACAACAUUACAUCGGAACGAACUCGGAGACUAUAAAAUCAAACGCUUACUUCGGUUUUAAUAUGGGAUUUGGAGGAGCAGGAUAUGCUUUAAGUUAUGCUCUGGUGGAGGCCUUGGUGGUAAAACUAGAUGAAUGUGUUGAGAAGUAUCAUUUCAUUUGGGCAGUAGAUAUGAUACAAAGUCUUUGUUUGGCUGAUUUGGGUGUUGAUCUUACCCUCGAGAAAGGAUUUCAUCAGAUGGAUCUAUUCGGUGACAUAUCAGGCUUACUCUCGUCCCACACAACGGCUCCUCUUCUCAGCCUCCACCACUUCGCUACCGUAUCACCACUUUUCCCUGGCAUGGACCGUCCCGGCUCAGUCCUUCAUAUCAUGAAACCGGCCAAUGUGGACCAAUCACGGAUGCUACAACAGUCGAUAUGCCACGUCAGAGCAAGUAACUGGACCUUUUCGGUCUCGUGGGGAUACUCUGUUCAUAUCUAUGAGAAGAUAUUCCCACGGAGCUACUUGAAGCUUCCAAUCGAGACAUUCCGUCCUUGGUACAGAGGACGGCCUCCAGUUUUCAUGUUUAACACGAGACCGGUUUCUCGGGAUCCAUGUGAAGCUCCUCACUGGUUCUUCUUUGAUUCGAUUGAAAAAGAGAACGAUGGAGUUGUUACUUCUUACACAAGGAAGUUUAUUAGAAACAUGACUUCUUGUUCCUUCUCUGGUAAUAUUUCUGCUGAUCCUAUUGCUUCGAUCCGAGUCUUCUCUCCCAAAACUCCAAGACAGGGAAGAAAAGUGGAAUGUUGCGACGUGGAGUAUGAGGGUGAUGUUGCAACUAUGAGACUUCGAGACUGCAGGAGAGACGAAAUCAUCGCCUAAUGAAAAAAGAGGCUUGCCAAAGAUUCAUAUGUUUACGCAAAUUAACUACUUUUGAUUGUUCUUUUUAUUUUUUGUCCCAUUUCUUGAGAAUCAGUCGAUAGUUCCAUGUAAAAUCAAAAGGCCAUUUUCUUAAAACACAUAAUACAUAAAAACUAGCCUUAGGAUUCUUCCGGCUAUGAUGAAAAUAUAAAAAAAACCUCAUCAAUAAAUAUGUAUAUUUAGUGUU